UCCUGAGGCUCAGCGGCUUUUCCCUCCCCGAAAGCGACAUUUGCCGUUCAGGUGCUUGUGCUGUUAUAUAGCGCCUUGUCACAGACUAGCGGGCGGGCGCACAAAGCCGCCUCAGACGGCCUUAAUGAAACACACGCCCCUUAAAGGAAAGGACAGAACGGGGGUCGUCUAGUCGUUCCAAAGUGUGCCGCUGCGCGUGACUGUGAGCCCCCUGAGAGCUGCAUGGGCCGGUAUGUGUGUGGAUGCGCAGCGCGUGGAUUUGCGCUUGUGUGCGCGCGCCGGACACUGGUGUGUGCCGGACAGCCCGCGGGUCGCCUCUGUGCGCGCACUCCGCUUUGAACCCUCGUGAGCGCGCGCUCUCUUAUGGUUUUAACCCGCACUGGUUACAAAGGGUGCCUGAGAAACUGGUUAUAGCUGGUAAGGGCGAGCCGUCCAAUCAGAAGGUGCGAGGUCAGGUGGGUGGAGCCUGUGACCUGCAAGAUCAGCGAUGCCUGCCGCGCUCGCAGUCAGUCAGUCACCUGAGGUCGUGAGAGGGGCAGCAACAUCACAGAGCAGCAAAUGGCAGACCCCCCGAGGAGACCCCCCAGGAGGACACAACCCAUUCCAGCUUACGGCUACCCACAGGUGUUCCUUGUGGACCAAGGGCUCCCUGAAGAAUCAUCGCUGGACCGUGGCCCCAUACCCACAUGGUCAGUGCUGCCACCCCCUGCGAAGCACCACAAGAGAAGCGGCUGCGCGGGGUGGUGGCCUCUGCUGGCCCUCAUCCAGAUCGUCACGCUGCUCGCAUUGGGCGCCGGUGCCUACUACAUCUACUGGCUGCGCCACGAGCUGCUUGAGAUGAGAAGCACCGCCGCUGCCGCCGCCGAGAAGACGCCUGUGCAGUACAAGCACAUCGGACUUCCAGAGCCCACCGCAGAGAAAACCGAGAAGAGCAAGACAGCCCAUCUGACAGUGAAGAACAUCACGGUGGGCUCACGAAUGCUGGUCUGGGAGAGCGCGGCCCGAGGGGCCUUCACCGAGGGGGUCGAGUACCGGGACCACAGCCUGCUCAUCAACGAGACGGCCCACUACUUCGUCUACUCCAGCGUCUUCUUCCGCAGCCAGGGCUGCCCCGGGCCCAAGCCGGUGGAGCACUCGGUUUACCGGAAGACCCUGCGCUCCGUCGAGCCCCGCCUACUCCUGCAGUCCCGCAAGCUGAGCCAGUGCGUCGGGGGCAGCAGGUGGUACAGCAACAGCUACCUGGGGGCCGUCGUCAAGCUGGACCGGAUGGACAGGGUCUAUGUGCACGUGUCGGACCCCGCACUGGUCAGCCUGGAGCCCGCCACCACCUACUUUGGACUGUACAAGGUGUGAGGCGCCAGUAGGACCGGGUGCAGAAGAUGAGGGCUCACUGGCACCGGGUUGGGUGCUGGCACUUUGGGCAUCAAGCUGGCUCUUGAGGCCGGGGGUAGGGGUGGGGGGCUGUUAGGAAUGACCCCUGCCCCCUCAAUAUGUGUAGCGGGUUCAAAUGUGCAAUAAACAAGUGUUAUUUAUGGAGGUCUAUUUAAAUAAAGUCCUGCUGGUGAUGGCAUCGGGGCUCCUGGGCAUGUUCUGUGACCGCCGGCGAGUGCACUCCGGUCUCACUCCGCGUGCACGUCUUAGCGUGAUGUCCUCACCCCCCCGUUAUCUCUCGUUUUUCACACCAUGUCAUCUCACUCCACUGCGCCAUAACCUGAUGGCACCCUGCUGCCUCUCUUUGGUGGCACAACAUGUCUUCUCCUCCCUCUCUUUACGGUCUUAGACCCUCGCUGGCUCCCAUGGGGUCACACUCUGCUGUCGGUGUCACUCCAUUUGUGCCACACUUUGAGGCCUCACCAUUCUUGCCCUGCUGCCUUUCUUCGGGGUCACAUCCCACUCUUAAUGACGCCAGACCCUUGCUGCCACCGAGUCACUUUACUGUCACACCCCAUUUUGCUGCCUCUCCGUCUCACUUGACAGGUCACUCUGUGUCUUACUUAGGGUCUUCCUCCGCUAUCCCCUCACUGUACAAACCCCACCUCACUUUGGGGUCUUAACUCGCAGUGUCCCCCCCUCACUCCACACUCUCACUCUUGUCUUUUUGCCAAGCCCCACUAAAUUUUCAAAUGGCCA